AUGGCUCAGCCGAAUCGAAACGCGCGGCAAUGGAAGUUUUUGGAUAUCUUUACCGCCAUGUUUUUCAGCCUCGUAUUGUUAUUCUUCUUGUUGGUAUUCACCCCUUUCGGUGAUCCCUUGGCUUACUCCGGCAGGCAAGCCUUGUUGCUUUCCACGUCGGAUCCGAAGCAACGGCAUCGGUUUGUGUCACUGGUGGAACUGGGGGAACACCGUCAGCCCAUUGACCCCUGCCCUCCCGAUUCCGUUGAUCACAUGCCAUGCGAGGACCCAAAGCGAAACAGUCAGCUAAGUAGGUACAUGAAUUUUUAUAGAGAAAGGCAUUGCCCUUUGCCUGAUGAAAUGCCUCUUUGUUUGAUCCCACCUCCACUUGACUAUAAGAUUCCCAUUCAGUGGCCUGAAAGCUUGCACAAGGUAUGGCAUUCAAAUAUGCCACACAACAAAAUUGCUACUAGGAAAGGUCACCAAGGAUGGAUGAAAGAGGAAGGUCCUUAUUUCAUUUUUCCUGGUGGUGGAACCAUGUUCCCUGAUGGAGCCUUACCAUAUAUUGACAAGCUCCGACGUUUCAUGCCCAUCAAAGGUGGAAUUAUUAGGACUGCUCUUGAUAUGGGAUGUGGGGUCGCAAGUUUUGGGGGUUCAUUGUUGGCUGAAGGCAUUUUGACACUUUCAUUUGCUCCAAGGGAUUCUCACAAAGCACAAAUACAAUUUGCACUGGAAAGAGGCAUACCGGCCUUUGUUCUAAUGUUCGGCACUCGCAGGCUCCCCUUUCCUGCAUUUGCAUUCGAUUUCAUCCACUGCUCUCGAUGCCUCAUCCCUUUUGCAGCUUAUAAUGCAACUUAUUUCAUUGAAGUGGACCGGUUACUUCGUCCGGGUGGAUUUUUGGUCAUCUCUGGACCCCCUGUGCAGUGGCCUAAGAAAGAAAGAGAGUGGGAAGAGCUCCAGGCUGUGGCAAGAGCAUUGUGCUAUGAGUUGAUUAUCGUCGAAGGAAACACGGUCAUUUGGAAAAAGCCUGAUAGAGAUCCGUGUCUAAAACCAAAUGAAUUCAGGAUUGGACUGUGUGAUGAAUCAGAUGACCCAAAUGUUGCAUGGUAUGUUAAUUUGAAAAGAUGUGUGACUCCAUCUUUUAUUAAUGGAGGAUAUGCUAUUGGGAAAAUUCCUGGGUGGCCAGAAAGGCUAUUAAGGGCUCCUUCGAGGGCGUUGAUCAUGAACAAUGGGAUUGACUUGUUUCAGGCAGACACGAGGCGGUGGGCAACAAGAGUUGCCUAUUAUAAGAAUACGUUGAAGGUUAAGCUUGGGACGCCAGCAAUACGCAAUGUCAUGGACAUGAAUGCAUUUUUCGGAGGUUUUGCAGCAGCACUCGAGACUGAUCCAGUAUGGGUGAUGAAUGUUGUUCCUGCUCGGAAGCCAUUAACUCUCGAUAUUAUUUACGACAGAGGCCUUAUUGGAGUAUACCACGAUUGGUGUGAGCCUUUCUCAACGUACCCCCGGACUUAUGAUCUCAUCCAUGUAGCUAGCAUAGAUUCACUAACAAAGCUUCCAGGUUCGAGGAAUAGAAGCUGUAGCCUGGUGGACCUAAUGGCGGAGAUCGAUCGGAUGUUGCGCCCGGAAGGAACGGCUGUGAUUCAAGAUUCGCCAGAGGUAAUAAAAAAGGUGGCUCGCAUAGCACAUGUACUAAGGUGGGUAACUACCAUAAAUAACAAAGAACCUGAAUCACAUGGGAGAGGCAAGAUUCUGGUUGCUACUAAAACCUUCAGGCACCUUUAG